UCAAUUUACUCUUCCAUUCGCAGCGGUUAUUUUUUUCAUCGAAGCAAGUAUGAUGAGGACAGGGCUGAUGAUGUAACUCACUGAAGCUACCGUCGGGACCUUCAGAACACAUAACAAAUCCGCAAGUUUCUGGAUUUCGGACGUUUCCAGCUUUGGUGCACAGAUGAGAGGAUUAUAUUCCGCGUCGUUUGAGGAAUUUUCGUCCUCUGAGCCAUUACUACCCUCUUCUGCACCACCCUCAACGCUUCCCGGCAUUUCUUCUACAGGAUUACCAUCAUCAACAACUUCGUCAGUAUCACUCGGCUCCAUGGACAUAGGAACGUCAACAUCGACGAACCCAGCUUUGAAGUACAAAAAUGAAGUUAUCAUCGGAAGGGUAGGCCGCGGCCAAACAAAGAGUCGCCAGAAGAAUAAUGAAACGCAUCUGGAAUAA